UUGGGGGGGGAUCUCUCAGAUAUAAACGACUUAGAUCUUGUAAAGGACUCAAUGGCAGCUUACAAUAAGACAGGCUGGAUGGGAGAGUCGGGUGCCAACCUCACUGCCAUGUUGCCAGGUGUGAGACUCAUACUAACCCCUGUUGUAUACACUUUCAUGACACCAGAAAUGAUGGGAUGGGUCCUGAGUGUGGCCUCUCUCCUCAUCAUCUCCACCAACCUACUGGUGGUGGCUGCUCUCUUUCAGCUGAUGUGCAGGAAGGGCAGUCAGAGCUGGUGCUUCGUGCUCAACCUGGCCCUGGCAGAUAUCCUGGUGGGCCUGGCUAUCACUGGCAUUGUCACAGACGUUUUUCAAAAUUACAAUACUGUGAACAAUGGAACUAUUCCAAUUACUCAACCGCUACUCCUGAUGCACUCCACACAGAAGACCAAGUGUUUACUCCGCAUGGCCUUCAUCAUCUCCCCCUCAACUGCGUCCAUCUUGUCCAUGUUCCUGAUCUCUCUGGACCGCUACGUGGCCAUCAAGCUGCCGCUGCGCUACUCCCAGCUCACUGGGAGGUGGACCGUGACUGGGGCCCUGGUAGCGCUCUGGAUGGUAUCCCUCACCGUUGGCUUCCUACCAGAAUACUAUAAAUAUAGAACAUUUAUUAUUCCCCUCUGCUCCACAGGCAUGGCAUGGCAGCUCCAGCAGGGAGACUUUGAAAGCAGCAGCCUUUGCACCUUCUUCUCUGUCAUCCGUCCCAAGGGCAUCAUUGUGGUGUUCUGUGCCGUCUUCUUCCCCGUCCUCUCUGUCUUCACCUACUUCUACCUGGACAUUCUGAAGAUAGCUUGCGGCCAUCAGAGGCAGAUCCGCCAGGCCCGUCAGGCCGGCUCCAGGCUGCCCCAGCGCAGCCGCUACUGGGGCCACGUCAAGGCCCUGAGGACCGUGGCUCUGCUGGUGGGCUGUUUCACCCUCUGCUGGUGCCCAUUUUUUGUGGUGUGUGCAGUGCAGGUGCUGUGUGAGGACUGUGAGUUGUACAAGGUGCUGGAGAAUGACCUGUGGCUGCUGGGGCUGUCUAACUCCCUCAUCAACCCUCUGGUGUACGCCUGCUGGCAGAGGGAGGUGCGGCUGCAGAUUGGGGCCCUCUUCUGCUGUGUUAAGGACAGGGUCAGGAACACAGCCGUGUUAGAGGCUAGUGAGAGAUGUCAGACAGAGCUGCGUAUACCCACUCAUACUGUUAUAUCUGUGGACGAUGCCAUGAGCCUCGACCCCACCUUUCCCACGGUCACCAGUGAAGAGGGCCACACUGUACCAUUUUCUGCCUCAACCCCCUUGUGAAUGACUUAGACAUUUUGAAAAUGCUUAAUGUGGCAGCAUAGAGCUUUGUCCAUUUCUGGCAGAAACAGUUCACGUCACGUCUUGCGACAGCAACUAACUGACGAGAUCAAUCAAAUGGGGAAAAAAUAACAGAGUGAGAUAAUGGAUGUGGAGACAUCAUGGAACCUAAACCAUGGAACAGAUGGGCUUAUUUGCUUUUUUUGCUCUGUUUCCUCCACUAACCUAAUUGAUAUUAUCUCUGCCAAGUAUGCACUUUGUCCCUCUCUGCAUUCUCAUCAACCUCACUGUCUGUGUGUGUCUGAGAGGUGUGUAGGUGUUUUGAAGGGGAACAGCUUUUGUGUGUACAAAUGGUUGUUCCCUGAUCAGUCAGAGAUUAUAUAUUUAAAAAAAUUGACAAAGUAUUUAAUUUCUUGGGAAAGUAGUGUGUAUUGCUACCUCCACU